UCAUUUUUCUCCAACCAACAAAAUCCAACUCUCCAAAGAUUCCGGCAACUCUUGAUCGUCACUCCAACCGAAGAUGUGGAACCAGCCCUUCCGGAAAGAUGACGUGGAAUCCGGAGCCCGGCCGCUCUACCCCAUGAUGCUCGAGAGCCCCGAACUCCGCUGGUCCUUCAUCCGCAAAAUCUACUCCAUCAUCGCCGUCCAGUUGCUCGCCACCAUCGCCGUCGCCGCCGUCGUCGUCUCCUACCACCCCAUCGCCCACUUCUUCGUCAGCACCGGCGCCGGCCUCGCUCUCUACAUCGUCCUCAUCAUCACUCCCUUCAUCGUGUUGUGUCCGCUGUACUAUUACUACCAGAGGCACCCGGUCAAUUUCAUCCUGCUCGGGAUUUUCACCAUCUCUCUUGCAUUUACCGUCGGAUUGACUUGCGCUUUUACCAGCGGGAAGGUGAUAUUGGAGGCUGCGAUACUCACCGCCGUGGUCGUAAUUGCUCUCACUCUGUACACAUUUUGGGCUGCAAGGAGGGGCCAGGAUUUCAACUUUCUUGGUCCGUUCUUGUCCGGCGCUUUGCUCGUUCUCAUUGUGUUUGGUCUGAUUCAGAUUUUCUUCCCUCUAGGUAAGCUCUCUGUGAUGAUAUACGGGUGCUUGGCGGCGAUCAUCUUUUGUGGAUACAUUGUGUAUGACACAGACAAUCUCAUCAAGCGCUACUCCUACGACGAGUACAUUUGGGCUGCGGUCUCUUUGUAUCUGGAUAUAAUCAACCUGUUCCUUGCUUUGCUCACUAUUUUCAGGAGUGCUGAUUAGCUGAGAGUCAGAGUUUUGCUCUGUCUCAAAUGUUUGUCCUGGUUAUGGUGUAGGAGUAAAUUGUGAGUGAAUGUCACAAGGAAACUAUAACUCUUGUUACUGUACAUUGAUGCAUAGUUGAUUACUUGAUUUGAUGGAUAAUCCUCUGGUUCUUUCCGGUACAUAAUGUGUGUCUAGUUGAAUCAUUACAGUUUUCUCAUCAAUAUAUGGAAGUUAAAUCUUUUGCCU